UCAUCCGCCCUCCGCGCAGUUUGCUCCCAGAGAUCCGCGCAGCUGUUCCAGAGAGCCGGAUAGCAGGCACUCUCAGCUCGUAUUUAUUUGUUCGCUCAGCCGGAGGAGGUGUUUGAAGAUGGUCUGCGGCGGGUUCACUUGUUCCAAAAACGCUCUGUGCUCCCUGAAUGUGGUGUACAUGCUGGUCGGGCUGCUGCUAAUUGGAGUAGCAGCGUGGGGGAAGGGCUACGGCUUGGUGUCGAGCAUCCACAUCAUUGGUGGGGUCAUCGCGGUGGGCGUUUUCCUGCUGCUCAUUGCUGUUGUAGGACUGAUCGGAGCCAUCCACCACCACCAAGUCAUGCUUUUCUUUUACAUGGUCAUUCUCUUCAUUGUCUUCCUCUUCCAAUUUGGAGUUUCAUGUUCCUGCUUGGCGAUGAACAGUGAGCAGCAGGAGAAACUUCUGAACUCUGCAUGGGAACUGAUGGAAAACAAGACCCGGGCAGACCUGGAGAGUCAGCUUAACUGCUGUGGGCUGUUCAACAGCACUGAAAAACACCAGGUUAACCGGGACUUCAAGAGCUGUCCUGCUCAAUGCGCAAAGAAAGGUGAAUGUGUGCCCUGCGGGAACAAGAUGCUGGAUCAUGCCACAGAGGCUCUGAAGAUCCUCGGGGGCGUGGGGCUCUUCUUCAGCUUCACAGAGAUCCUGGGGGUGUGGCUCGCUGUGCGCUACAGAAACCAGAAGGAUCCACGAGCAAACCCGAGUGCUUUCCUAUAGUCUGUCCCACGUCACGGCGCAGUAGGUGCAGUUUCAGACACACUGGUACACACAGAAUAACGCACAUCUAGAGGCAGACACUCAGGCAUAUAAAUACAGAGCCACAACAACCACAACACAGAAUGGACGAGCGCACGCAGCACCUGAAAAACAGAGAAAAACAAAAUGCACACCUUCACCGUGAGACUGAGAAACUCCAACAAACUGUCCAGAAAAAUGCAAGCUGGAAGACUUGGAUACUUAUGUGUGAAAGGAUGAGAAGUGGUACUUGUUGGUAUCACAACCCAGCCUUGAUUUGAGUACCAGAUUUCCCGAUUGCAGCGAGAUAUCUCUGCAUGCGUCCUCUCACGCCUGCACAAACCAACAGGCUCUCAUUCCACAGUCAAACCUAACGACUGCGCGGUGUCCGACAUAACUUGUAUGCACCUUGAAUUUUCUGCUAAUGUAGUGCCACCUCUUAACGACAAAUAUACUCCUCCUGGUGAUGUGAUGUGUAUCCAAACAUGUCCCGGCAUGAUGAGAGAAGGCACAUACUUGACAUGUGGUGUAAAGUAGUUUUUGAAAGGGUAAAAAAAAAAAAAAAAUGUAUACCCCCCCCCACACACACACACAAAAACCAGGAUUAUGGAUUAGGUAGUAUAUUUUAGAAAAUGAAAUUGCUAGUCUUUGGAGUUAAAAUAUUUAUGAACUGUAACUGAGCCAACUAACUUUUAAACCGUUAGUGAUGCCAACGGGCUGCAGCCUCGAUGUUGUACAUAAUCUUUACAUACUGUAGUUCACAGAAAGUGUGUUCUCGGUGGGUUUGCCGUGUAGUUUUUUCCCCCUUUUAGCCGGGAGGUUUGCUUGCAGAUUCGGCGUCUCUGAAAGCCUGAAUAAUCCUCGCCUCUUCUUGUAUUUAACAUUUUCUUCAGUGUCGCACAGUGACGUUGCUUAGCGUAGAUUCUGGUUGUAGAAAAAUGGAUUAAGGUACAUCUUGUUACCUUCUGUGUAACUGGAAGAAAUCUCAAUAACGUAAAACAUUAAUAAGUGCUGUUUGAUUUGAGAUAAUCAAGUGAAUUUGGCCAAAACUGCUUAUUGCAAAUCCAGUUUGUUUUUUAUUGUGUUAAUUGUGAGAAUGUGCUUUUGUUUGCUUUUCUUUUCUUUUUUUUUUUUUUUUUUAAUAUUUUAAAGCUUGUGAUUCUUUGGUGCAGUUAUUUUUAUGUGUACUACCACCAGCUUUUUUUUUUUCUUGUUCAUCAGUGUUAAAACACUUUGUAAAAUGUGCUUGUUAAAUAUUUUCAGCAUCUGUUUAAGUUAAAGGAUGCACAGUAAACAGCUGUUGUAGUUUUAUCGUUUUUGCUCGAUAUUGAACGUUAUCUGUUGAUGAAUAAUUGCUCAGUCUGUCUUUAAACAGGUUUUUUUUUCCUCUCUUUUGAUUUGCUUUUAACUUAAAGGACUAACACAAGCUGUAAUUAUGUCUUACUUGAACCUGUUCACUUUACUGAUUAUGGAUUUCUUGCUGCUGGUUUGGAGUUCUUGUUGUAAGCAAAACAUUGACAGAUCUUAAGCGUUAUUAUGCCAUAUAUUACACCUCAAUUUGAAUUUGUGUGCAGUUGUUAUUCAAAUGUAAUUUUUGAGACUUAAUUUUUCCAAAUAAUAAAAACCAAAUAAAAAUUG